AUGCAGUUCUUUCAAAAUAUUACAACACUACUCAGUCUGAUUGAGUUAUCAACUAUUGAUCAACAAUUCUAUCAAGUAUUCAGUGAGAUUUGUGUCGCUACAGCCACGGAGCAACGCGUUCACACCUUCGUCUACAGCAGCUACGAGCAGAACACUUAUGACAACUCACUUACAAAACAAACAAAGCCAUAUGUUUCCAACAUUCUGCAGACACUUCAUAUGCCAAAUCCUAUAGCGGUGCUUAACAUCGGUAUUCUUGCAAAGCCAGAUCGCCUUGUGCGACAGUUCAAUCGCAAUUUACUCAGUAUAGUGCAACUUAGCGAAGACACGCACCGCAAUGAGCAAAUUUUAGACACAUUAUGGCAAUCUUUGGACCGCAACAUGCAAAGUGGAAUAAUAUUACUUUUCAAUGAUGCGACUAGUGAUGUUUAUGUGAGAAGUAUUUUAAAAUUGUCCGCCAACAAAGGUGCCGUUAACAGCAUCGCCUUGCAACCACGUAUGACGGUGAGCGAGCGCACUUAUUGGACAUUGGAGAUAUUUCCAAGGCAAGAAACAAUUCGACGGCGAUUUCCAGAACACUAUCGCAAUAUCUUUCCAAAACACAUGAAAAAUUUGGGUGGAUAUCCGCUGCGCAUAGUGGAAGACGGUUGGUAUCCGCAGAUAUAUUAUUACGCACCAAAACAUGGGCCUGCGACUUUCAGCGGUUAUAUGGGCAGAACCUUAAUGGAGUAUGCACAUCAUCGGAAUGCCACGAUUCAAUGGCUCUUUUCUGCGGAAAAGGUACUUUUCCAACAACCAUUAUUGCUGAGUUCUCUGUCUAAUGACACUGUCGAUACAGGCAUACUCUUGCCAAUAGAAAAGGAGCGUGAUGGCCUAAGUCACUCGAAUGUAGUUCACUUUAGCAAUUGGUGCCUAAUGAUGCCGCUGGAAAGACCAGUGCCGCGUUACUGCUUCUACUAUCAUAUAAUGGAUAGAAACGUGUUUGUCUUACUCUGCAUACUCUUCGUGUUGAGCUCUUUGAUUUGGCCGUUUUUUUUGCGCUGGGAGCAUCAACAACCACUGUCAGCUGUGGAAUAUUUCACCGAUUUCUCGAUGCUUCGCGGUUUGCUUGGCAUGCCCUUCUGGAACAAGUUGCAUGAUUUCAUAAAAGAGAAAUUCGUUUGUAUUAGCAUUUCAUUCAUGGGCGUCAUUAUUUGCACCGGUUACAUUGCCUACUUGCAGAGUUUCAGUGUCGACGCACCCGUCGAAGCACUCAUUAAGACCAUAGGUGAUAUUCUUGAACGUAACAUUAUCAUAAUUGUUGACAAAAUGUGUGUGCCAGCUCUAGAGCAAUUGUCGCAUGUUGCGAAGUAUGUGCAAAACUUCACAGUUCUCGAUAAUUUCACUGAGGUACUACUAAUGCGCGAUACGUUGGACACACGCUACGCAUUCCCCGUCACCGAAAUGUGGUCCGUCUACGAUGAGCAACAGAAGUAUUUCUCAAAGCCACUCUUUCGCUUGUCGGAUGUAUGCUUCGAAAGGAACAUGUUGCUGGCCUUUCCGUUGCAGCACAACUCGUUGUUUCGUCAAAGUUUGAAUGACUUUUUGGCGCGCCUCAAAGCGGCUGGUCUAAUAAAUUAUUGGUUGCAAAAAAGUUUUCUAGAGUUAGUCGAAAUGAAAGUGAUUUUGUUGGAGGACCGCAAUAAGCAGACAGUCUUCAAACCAUUACAAUGGCAGGACUUACAUAUGUUCUUACAAAAUUUAACCGCGCUACUCGGUCUGAUCGAAAUAGCAACGAUACAGCAACAAUUUGUACAAAUAAUCACAGAUAUCAGCGAAGUAACGGCAGCAGAACAACAAGCGCACACCCUCAAUAUCCAGUUCUGA